AUGGCGGCUGAUCGAUUUCGGUGGCGUCCGUGCCGUCAGUUUUUUUCCAGAUUGUCUGAUAGAGCCCUUGGGAGUCUGUCAUGCUACCCGAAUACGAGCACGAAGGCUGAGUUAGUGCCAGGUUGCUCAAGCCUAGAAAGAAGCGGUCAAGACACAGAGGUUGAGUUCGAACCACGAAUACUUCGGUCAGUAAAUUCGCGCUUCAAUUAUUGA